ACGGGAUCGAUCACAACAUGCAGUCCUGGGGCACAGGAAACGGGAUCGUCAAUCGCAAAAGCACUCACGUCGUUACAGCCUAGGAAACCGGAUCCUCGAUUGCAAAAGCAGUCGUCAUUACAGCCUACUAGGAAACUGGAUCGUCCAUAGAUCGGCGACAGUCCUCGGGCGGCUGCUCGAUUGGAAACCGGGUCGUCGGAUCGAUUGGCGGCAGUUCCAGACUUCAUGGCACCGGCGACGAGCGACACGGGCACAUGGGCGAGAAGAUUGACACGGGCACACAGCGACAACUCUCACGGCUUCCAUCCUCCAGGUGCUGCUUCAAAAUAGGUAGCCUGCCCUUGGUCCUGCGGUGCGCGUACGCAGAUCGUUGUUCUCCGGCAACUCCUCGUCGAGUUCGAUCCCACCAAGGUCGCCGAGUUCCGAUGGCGGGGGCCGCCCACAAGCACGACAAGGGGAAGAUGCCGAAGGCCGCCGCCGUCGGCGACGACUGGCUGAACCGGCACGGGUUCCCUCACGGCUACCACUUCGUCCCGGACGACCCCGAGCUCCUCCGCCUCCUCGAGGACAUGAUCGCCGGCCGCGCUCUCCCCUACCCUCUCCCCAGCAUCUUCCACGGCGUCAGGAUCCGCAACUACCACCCUGCCGAGCUCCACGAGCUGUACAAGGCGCACAAGGAGGCCGGGUCCAUCUACUUCUUCAACGAGAGGGAGUUCUCGGGGAGCGCCAGGGUGCGCCCGGGGCGCACCGCCAAGGACGGCUGGUGGAAGGCCUCGGGCGGCGGCCUGCCCUUGGUGCGCCGCGGCCUGGUCGUCGGCUAUAAGCUCACCUUGGUGUUUUACGAGAAGAGGCCCGGCGACAAGCCUGACGUCAAGACCGACUGGAUCGUCAAAGAGUACACCAUUGUUGGACCCAACAAGAAGGUGUCGGAGAUGGCCCUGUACCGCCUCUACAACAAGUCGGAAAACAAAUCCAAGGAGAAGAAGAAAAAGGCUAAAGAAGAGAAAGCAACUCAUGAAGAAGAAAACACCCCUGCUUCUACCUGGGCGGAGGAGGAGGAGGAGGAGGAGGAGGCGCCACCAUCACCGCCGUAUCCGCCCGCCGGAGGGGCGACCUCGCAGGCGCAGGCCGGUCAGCCACAUGACUAUCAUCACUACUACGCCUUGGGUGCCGCUGCCGCGCCGGGGCCAAGCACAAGCUGCUGGGUGCCGCCGGACGCCGGCUACACGGGGUUGACAGACACAGUCUGGACACCGGACGCCGGAGGGACCUCGCAGGCACAGCUGGCUGGCCAACCACAUGACUAUCAGCAGUGCACGUUCGGUGCCGCGGCGUCGGCACCUGGCUGGGAGGCGCCGGGGCCAAGCAGCAGCAGCAGCAGCUGGGUGACGCCGGGCGACACAAAAUACUACUUGCAGCUGCAGCACGCCGGAGGGCCUGCGUACAGCUGGGAGGACCAUAAGUUGACGCCUCUGGUGCCGUCAGGACCAGCACCCCUUGCGCAUGACCUGCCGGCGUCGCAGCAGCACUUUGGCCAUCAAGAAGAAACCGCAGACCCGCCGAAGACACAGCCCCCACCACCCCCGCCGGCGCCGGCUGUUCAGGGCGGCUACCUGGAUGGUGAGUUCGACGUUUGGUGCAAGACGCAGCAGGUGGCCUCGAGUCCCGCCUUCCGCAUGCCCGACGGCAUAGAUUCGCAGCAGGUGGCCGCGAGUCCCGCCUUCCACAUGCCCGACGGCAUAGAUUCGCGGCAGGUGGCCGCGAGUCCCGCCUUCCACAUGCCCGACGGCAUAGAUCCGCAGCAGGUGGCUGUGAGUCCCCUCCCCAUGCUCGAAGAUAUCGAUUUCUCUGUCUUGCUCAAGGAUAUACCGAUGAUGCCUACAGACGAAAACAGCGAUCGCCUUUCAUGCACAUUAGAUGAGCUCCUCUUCCCCAAGAUGGAGGACGACGCGCCGCCACCGAGCCCGCCAACUUCGAUGGGCAACAACAACCAGGUUUAGAGUUAGCAGAAACCAGCAAGCAGCGAUCGAUAGCAGCUAGUUGACUCGCAGUGUUCACAUUUCAUGGUUUUUCCUCACAUUUGGCAGUUUCAUCCAUUGUAUUCAUAUUACUAUACUGUUGUA